AUGGCUUUUGCCUCGAGGGCUCUCGCCUCCAUGGCUUUCACGGCCUUUAUACCCUUGGUUUCUGCCUCCGCUUCACCCUCGGCCAGAGACGCGAAACCAAACUCAAACUCCGACAACCCUCUCCUCGACCUCUUCAAAGACCCCUUUGCCUCUACCGUCGCCACCUCCUCUCUCUACUCGGCCAUUGGCAUCUCCAUCGGCUUCACCGUCUUUCUCGCCGUCUGCUUCUCCCUCCUCCGCCCUCACAACCAGGCCGUCUACGCCCCCAAGGUCAAGCACGCCGACGAAAAGCACGCCCCCCCGGCCAUAGGAAAGUCGCUCUUUGCCUGGGUGCCGCCCGUCCUGCACACCAAUGAAGACAUUCUCAUGCAGACCGUCGGCAUGGACGCCACCAUCUUUAUCCGCUUCAUGCGCAUGUGCCGCAACAUGUUUCUCGUCUUGAGUGUGGUUGGUGUCGGCAUCUUGAUACCUGUUCACAUCACAAACGCUGCCGUGCAGGACAAGACCAAGCUCGGCUGGCUCGUCAACAUUUCGCCCCUCAACGUCUUUGGACGCGCCCAGUGGGUGCAGGUCGUCGCCGCCUAUCUUUUCGACGUCAUUGUCGCCGGCUUCCUCUGGUGGAACUACCGCAAGAUUCACCAGCUCCGCCGCAGGUACUUUGAGACGGACGAGUUCCAGUCGGCGUUGGCUUCGAGGACGCUGAUGCUGUACGACUUGCCCCGCGCAUGCGCCUCCGACGAAGGCAUCGCCCGCAUUAUCGAUGAGGUCGCGCCCAGCUCGUCCUUUGCCAGGACUGCCAUUGCCCGCAACGUCAAGGAGCUGCCCGAGCUCAUCGAGCAGCACGACCACAACGUUCGCAAGCUCGAAGAGGUUCUCGCCAAGUACCUCAAAAACCCCGCCCAGCUCCCGCCGAACCGCCCGACCUGCAAGCCCUCCAAAAAAGACCACGCCUACAGCUCCUACCCCAGAGGCCAGAAGCUGGACGCCAUCGACUACUACACCAAGCGCAUCCGCGAUCUCGAAACCGAAAUCAAGCAGGUCCGCGCCGCCGUCGACAGGCGCAGCACCAUGCCCUACGGAUUCGCCAGCUACAGCGACAUUGCCGAAGCGCACAGCAUUGCUUAUUCGUUCCGCAAGAAGAAGCCCCAGGGCACCACCGUCACUCUCGCUCCACGCCCCAACGACGUCAUCUGGCGCAACAUGCCGCUUUCCGCUGCUGUCCGCAGCCGUAGACGGUGGAUGAACAGCUUCUGGAUCGCGGUCCUCACAAUUCUCUGGAUCGGACCCAACGCCAUGAUUGCCAUGCUCUUUGUCAACCUGAGCAACCUCGGUCGUCUGUGGCCCGCCUUCAAAACCUCGCUCGAGGCCAACCCCAAGUUCUGGGGUCUCGUCCAAGGUAUCCUGGCGCCCACCCUGACCUCGCUCGUCUACCUCGUCCUGCCCAUGAUCUUUCGCCGUCUCUCCACCAAGGGUGGCGACCAGACCAAGACUGGCCGAGAGCGACACGUCAUUGGCAAAAUGUAUGCCUUUUUUGUCAUCAACAACCUCGUCGUCUUUUCCUUUUUCUCGACCGUGUUUACCUUUGUCUUCAACAUUAUCCACGAGGCCAGUUCUGGCCAAUCCGGCUGGGAUGCCAUCAAGGAAGCAAACAAGGACAAUGGCAGCAGUAUCGUCGACGGCCUCUUUCAAGCCCUGUGCUCCAACGGCGUUUUCUGGGUCACCUACAUGCUCCAGCGUCAGCUCGGCGCCGCCACGGACCUCGCGCAGCUCUGGUCCCUGACGAGGGCUUUUUUCCUAAAAAAGUUUUCCAGCCCGACGCCCAGAGAACUCAUCGAGCUCACCGCGCCGCCGCCUUUUGAAUACGCCAGCUACUACACCUACUUUUUGUUUUACGCCACCACCAGCCUCUGCUUUGCCGGCAUCAUGCCGCUCGUCCUGCCCGCCGCCGCCAUGUACUUUACCAUCGACCACUACCUGAAGAAAUAUCUUAUCCUCUACCGCUUCAUCACCAAGACCGAGUCUGGCGGCCUGUACUGGCGUGUCGUCUUUAACCGCUUCAUCUUUGCCACCAUGCUGGCCAACCUCGUCGUUCUGCUCACGACAUGGGUCCGCGGCGAAGGCAACCACAUUCAGUUCUUCGCCGUCAUUCCUCUCCCGUUUUUGAUGUUUGGAUUUAAAAUUUGGUGCGCCAACACGUACGACAACAAGAUUCGCUUUUACAGUCUGCUCAACAUUCGCAAAAACCCCGAGGCCGCGCGCGCCCAGGCCGACCGUCUACGAAGCGAAAAGCUGGCCAGCCGAUUCGGCCAUCCUGCUCUGUACAAGAAGCUCAUCACGCCCAUGGUGCAUCAAAAGGCCCAGAAUCUGCUGCCGUCUGUCUACUCGGGCAGACUGACCGACGGCAGAGACGCCGAGACGGCCGAUCUCAUGAGUGUUAGCGGCUACUCUGACAUGUAUGCCCUCGACAGCAUGAAGGCGGGCAAGGCGGGCAAGACUGCCGGUGUGCCGGGCUUUGAGUUUGUGUCGGAGAACCACAUGGACUUUGAAUACUUUAAAAACAGGGCCGAGUUUUUGGACGAGCACGGCGGUGCCGACUUUUACGGUGUCGAGAGUGAUAGGGCCACGACGCGAGCCGGCACGCCGGUAUCUUUUGACCGUCCUGGAAGCGCUACUGGCUUCAACACCCCUCGACGCGUUGGCACCGGCAUGUCGGACAUGAGCUACAACUCGUACCGCCCGCAGAUGGACGGCGCCCACUCUCGCCAAGCCUCGGGCAAUGAACUGGACCGCAUGCGCAGUCCGCUGGGCGAUCUGGACAACUCGAGCUCGACGGGUCUGGUGCAGGCCCAGCCCAUGGGUGGCUACUCGGAGGUACCUGACGGCAGAGGCAGCCCUGUGCCGUUUUACGACUCGGGCCGAGCCAGUCCUGCGCCAGGCCGGACAAUCACCGGCCACCGCGGUUACCAGCCGCUGGACGGCAGAUCAAGCCCGGCGCCCGGCUUUGAUGGCCGCAUGAGUCCGGCGCCGCGGUCCCGGUCACAGUCGCCCGGUCCAGCCGCCGGGCCUAUGGGUGCAGCGCUUCGAGGGGGACAAAUGGCACAGAUGAAUCCGCCUCGACAGAUGACACAGAGCCCGAUGAACACGGCUCGACAAAUGAGUCCUGCUCCUCGACAGAUGAGCCCAGCACCUCACCAACCUGCUCGACAGAUGAGCCCGGCACCCCACCAACCUGCCCGAAAUAUGAGCCCAGCGCCCCUUCAAUUGCCUGUCCGACAGAUGAGUCCCGCCCCUGGACGGCAGUCUCCCGGCCCUGCCGCCGGUCUAGCCACGCGCAAGCCCGUCGGUCAGCCCGAGUACGCGCAGCCACACGGCCCGACCUACCAGCAACCGCACAGCUACGGACAGGACCACGACGACUUUCAAGGACUGCCAGGACAGCCGGGCUUCUACGGAGCGUCGCAAGGACAGGAUCAUAGAGGAAACCCGUCCAACCGCCCGAACCAGGGGUGGUGA